AUGAGCUCCUUGGGCAUGCGGAGCCUAGCUCCCGCAUCGAAGAUUUCCCGCACUUUGGGCCAGAGACGUCUUUUCUCCUCUUCCCGCCCGGCUGCCCGGAUAUUUGGCAACGGCCCUCUGCGCGCCAAGGAGGCCGAAGGCUUCAUUGCUCAGAAGUACCCUAUCAUUGACCACGAGUACGAUGCCGUCGUUGUCGGUGCUGGUGGUGCCGGUCUGCGUGCCGCUUUCGGUCUGGCGGAAGCUGGCUUCAACACUGCCUGUGUUUCUAAGCUUUUCCCCACGAGAUCUCACACUGUCGCCGCUCAGGGUGGUAUCAACGCCGCUCUUGGAAACAUGCACGAGGAUGACUGGAGAUGGCACAUGUACGACACCGUGAAGGGUUCUGACUGGCUGGGUGACCAGGAUGCCAUUCACUACAUGACCAGAGAAGCUCCCGCUAGUGUUCGUGAGCUGGAGGGCUACGGUUGCCCUUUCUCCCGUACUGAGGACGGCCGUAUCUACCAGCGUGCGUUCGGUGGUCAGUCGAAGGAGUUUGGAAAGGGUGGCCAGGCCUACCGUUGCUGCGCUGCCGCUGACCGUACCGGUCACGCCCUUCUCCACACCCUCUACGGACAGUCUCUCCGCCACAACACCAACUACUUCAUCGAAUACUUCGCCCUCGACCUUCUGAUGGAGGACGGCGAGUGCCGCGGUAUCAUCGCCUACAACCAGGAGGACGGAACCCUCCACCGUUUCAAGGCCCACCACACCGUCCUGGCCACCGGUGGUUACGGACGUGCCUACUUCAGUUGCACUUCUGCUCACACUUGCACUGGUGACGGUAUGGCCAUGGUCGCCCGUGCCGGUCUCCCCAACCAGGAUCUGGAGUUCGUCCAGUUCCACCCCACUGGUAUCUACGGUGCUGGAUGCCUGAUCACUGAGGGUUCCCGUGGUGAGGGUGGUUACCUGCUCAACUCCGAGGGUGAGCGUUUCAUGGAGCGUUACGCCCCUACCGCCAAGGAUCUGGCCUCCCGUGACGUUGUCUCCCGUUCCAUGACCCUCGAAAUCCGUGAGGGCCGUGGUGUUGGUCCCGAGAAGGACCACAUCUACCUCCAGCUGAGCCACCUGCCCGCUAAGCUCCUGCACGAGCGUCUGCCCGGUAUCUCCGAGACCGCCUCUAUCUUCGCCGGUGUCGACGUCACCAAGCAGCCCAUCCCCGUCCUGCCCACCGUCCACUACAACAUGGGUGGUAUCCCCACCAAGUACACCGGUGAGGUCCUGACCCAGGAUGAGAACGGCAACGACCAGGUUGUCCCUGGUCUGUACGCUUGCGGUGAGGCCGCUUGUGUCUCCGUCCACGGUGCCAACCGUCUGGGUGCCAACUCUCUUCUGGAUCUGGUUGUCUUCGGCCGUGCCGUCUCCCACCGUGUCCGUGACAUCGCCACCCCUGGCAAGCCCCACAAGGAGCUGAGCUCCGACGCUGGUGCUCAGUCCAUUGCCGACCUGGACUUCGUCCGUACCGCCGAGGGCCCCAAGUCCACCAACGACAUCCGCAGCGCCAUGCAGAAGGCCAUGCAGUCCGAUGUUUCCGUCUUCCGUACCCAGGAGAGUUUGGAUGAGGGUGUUGAGAAGGUCACCGCUAUCGACCAGACCUUCGACCAGGUUGGUACCAAGGACCGCAGCAUGAUCUGGAACUCGGAUCUUGUUGAGACCCUUGAGCUUCGUAACCUGUUGACCUGCGCGUAUGUAUUCCUAGAGAGUUUGUAUUGUUGGAUAUUGGCUAACUCGAGUCACAGUUCUCAAACCGCCAUUGCCGCCGCCAACCGUAAGGAGUCCCGUGGUGCUCACGCCCGUGAGGACUACCCCGACCGUGACGACGAGAACUGGAUGAAGCACACCCUCACCUGGCAGAAGAAGCCCCACGGUGAGGUCAAGCUUGGCUACCGCGCCGUUGAGCACAACACUCUCGAUGAGAGCGAGUGCAAGUCGGUGCCCCCCUUCAAGCGUGUCUACUAG